AAUAUGACAUGUCUAGAAAGUGACCAGUUUUGGCAUAUUAUGUAUGCUGAAUUUUCAGUAAUGUUGGAUUUACACAUCUAUAUUUGUUCACAGGAUUGUUUUAAAAAACUCUACAACAAACGACCAGUACUGGUGAUCGCAGUACUUGUGGUGAUCGCAGUAGUUGUGGUGAUAGCAGUGGUUAUAAUAGUUUUUUUGGUGAUGCCAAAAGUACAAUGUAAGUUCCAUUUUGCAUUUUUAUUGUCCGCCCACAUCUCCUACGCCUCACCCUUCUGUCAGUCCCUACAUUGUCUUCCUUAAAAUUCUGGUUCUUGCUUUCAAAUCUCUACAUAAUGCUGCUCCCACCUAUCUAUCCUCCCUUAUACACAAGUAUGUCCCAUUUAGGCCCUUACAAUCUGCUGAAGACUUACGUCUAUCUUCUGUCCGUACUCCCACCUCUGAUGCUCGCCUUCAAGAUUUCUCGAGGGCUGACCCGUUCCUGUGGAACUCGCUUCCCACCUCCCAUUAGAUGCUCACCCAGUCUCCACUCCUUCAAAAAGUCGUUAAAAACCCACUUCUUCAUAAAAGUGUAUCAAUUAAACUGUUAAUAGCUCCCGACUACUCCUAUUCUGCAACUGUCACUAGUCUAAUACUAUCCUUACCUUUUUGUGUCAUUUUACCCCACUCCCUCUAGCAUGUAAGCUCAUUGAGCUGGGCCCUCAAUCCCUCUGUUCCCUCAAUCCCUCUGUUCCUGUGUGUCCAACUUGUCUGGUUACAACUACAUGUCUGUUCGUCCACCCAUUGUAAAGCGCUGCGGAAUUUGAUGGCGCUAUAUAAAUAAUAACAUAAUAAUAAUGUGUUCAUGUAUUCUAGAGGGAUAAAAAGAAAAACUACUUUUUAAUUUAACUAAAUCACCUUCAAAAUACAAAAAAGUUAAGUUAAAGGGGCACUACCACAUAUCAUUGAAAGUGGUCUUGAUACAAUGUCCCUGUUCCCUUAAUCCCGCAACUGCAAUUUUACAGAAGCAAUGUUUACAUUGCAGGGUUAAGACACAGUCAUUAGGUGAUGAGUUAGGUAAAAAGUCAAACCAUUCUAAAAAAAGCAUCUGACUACUUACAUGGUUGGGGGGGUUGGGGUGCAUUCAAUUCUGAAUUUAUAAACUGUACUAAACGAUUUUCAUAGUGAAUGUGUUAACGCCGGCUUUAUUUUAUUUAUUUAGUUUUUAUUCUGUUUUUGCGUUUGUGCCAAAAUAGGCAAAAAAAAAAAAAAGCAUAAUACAUGGCAUAAACCGUAUAGUCAGUUGUGCAGCAUGUAAAAUAUACUGCAACAACACACAUUUUAAAGCAUAAUGAACAAUAAACAAGAUUUUCCAGGGUAGCGAGAUGUAGCUAAAUGUGUUGGUUUAUAUCAAGUAAUAAACAUUUUCUAGUUCUUCUACACGAUAAGGCCACUUCUGGUGGCCUCUGGGGUUGGUAUAGGCCGGGAUGUGGCCAUUUUAACCCCUUAAGGACACAUGACGGAAAUAUUCCAUCAUAAUUCCCUUUUAUUCCGGAAGUUGUGUCCUUAAGGGGUUCGGUGAGGAUGAGGAUUUGAUGAAAUAAUGUUCUAUUUCGUACUGUAGGUACUGGAGUAGAAUACCCAGAAGACUGGCGAUUGGUAGAAGAUCGUUGCCUGUACGUCUCUAAAGGAAAUGAAACGAUGACCUGGAAUGACAGCUGGGAUUACUGUAAAGCCCAUAAAGCUUCACUUAUCAAACUGGACACCAAGAGUAUAAAGGUGCGUGUUUUAUUCAUUUCAUUAUGGUGCAAGAGCACUGUGAGCAUAGAUAGAGAAUGUGGAACCCUGCAGCCAUGCACACACCGACUGUUUUCUCAAAUAACCCCCUGCAUUCACACUGCUCUGUGGGGGACAGGUUUUGUAAGGGGUCUCAAGAUUUCUACUGGCAUCAGUAUCACUAAGUAACCAUUGUGUGUUGGAUAUUGUUACAGGCUACUGAGGAAAUGUUAAAUGCGUAUGAAGAUUACUGGAUUGGACUGUCCAAGAAUCAACUCAGUGGAGUUUGGAACUGGAUAGAUGGUUCCCCAGCUAACGUGACGUAAGUUGUUUGUUUGUUUUCUCCUAUGUGAAUUCCUUGUACAAAAACCUGUUAAUGGAACCUGCAUUCUUUAUAGACAGACUGUGGAUCAAAUAUCCCGUUUAUAAGCAAUACAGAAGGGUCAAUCAUUAACUUUUUGUACUGGGACUGUAUCCAAAAGAUUCACAAUAUCACAUGAUUUUAAAGGUGCUAUAUUUGUUGCAUAUCCUAUCGGUACCUCCUAAAUUACAUAACAAAGCUUGAAUGAAGCGUUUUGGUUUAUAUUUCUUUUGUGGCAGUUCACUCUUAUAAAUGCCAGAUGUAUAGCAAAAUACGUAUAUUAAUAAGUAACAAAGUAUCCAGACUUGUUUAAUUACACUAUUUAUUUAUUUAUUUUUUUUCCCCUAUUUUAGUUUAGGAAAUGAUCCAGACAUAAACUGUGCAUCCUUUAACUCUGACAGUGGUCUCGGUAUGCUACAUUGUACAACUACUCGCUGUUUCAUCUGUGAAAGACUGUCCAAUGGUAGGUUUGUAUGUUAAUUCUUUGUGUAAAAUGAACAUUUCUAGAUUUUUGUAAUCAGAUCCUGGAUGUCAUUAAAUGCUAUUAUAUAUUUAUCAUCGGGGGAGGGGGGUGUGAAGAAGUCCUCAUUGAAUUAUAUGGUUUUACAAAUUCGGACAUAAUCUGUCCCUUAUCAAGUCUUAAAAUUAGGUAAAUACAAUCUCAGAUGAACAAAACAUGUAUUACACCAUUCGUGAUUCAUUUAACAAAAAUGAAGCCAUGAAACUAAGUACACCUUAUUAUGCAAUACCUUGUAGAACCACCUUUAGCAGCAAUUACUUGAAAUAAUUGUUUUCUGUAUGAUUUUUGUCCCAAAUUAUAAUUUUGGCAAAUUUUUUUUUCCUUUUUUUCCCCAACGUUGCUUCAGUUCAUUGGGGUUUACUGGCAUUGUAUAUGCACAGCUCUCUUAAAUUUCCAUAACGGCAUUUCAAUCGGAUUGUGGUCUGGACUUUGACUGGGCCAUUGCAACACAUUGUUCUUCUUGUUUUUCAGCCAUUCUGUUGUUGCUGGUAUGCUUUGGUUCAUUGCCCUGUUGCAUGACCCAGUUUAGGCCUUGCUUUAGCUGUUGGAUUGAUGGCCUCACAUUUGACUCUACAACAGGGGUUUCCAACCCGUGGUACGUGUACCCCCAGGGGUACAAUUCAGUGCCCAUUGGGGUAUGCAAAAAAUCAGUAAUGGCGGCCCUGCCAGUGCAGCUUCACCACACAGGCUGGGAACCACAAGUCGAUCGGAUGGCCAAUGCACUUUGGGCCAGUGUUUGCAUCUUUGUGUCUGUAUCUGCAUUUGUAGCUGUGCUUGUAACUGUCUGCACAUCUGUAUGUGAAAGUGUUUGAUACACAUACUGAUCACAUGCAGAUGCACAGACACACAUGCAGUUACAUAGCUACAAACACUGACAUAUAUAGAUACACACGCUGGCAAAUAUACAGAUACAUAGACACAGGUGCAAUCACUAACAUACAGAUAAAAAAUACAUACUGACACAUGCAGAUGCACAGACUCUGAUACACAUACUGACACACGUUAAUGCACAGAUGCAGUUUCUGCAUGUGUGUCGGUGUUUGUAUCUCUGAGUCUCUAUCUGUAUGUGUGUCGGUGUUUGUAUCUGUGUGUGUAUGUGUGGGGAGAGCCUGGGGCAGAGAAUUUUUUUUUAUAUAUUUGAAAUAACAGCAACUAUGUUAACUAUAAACAUUUCGCUAAUAUGAGGUGUACAAUUUAUAGACCUGACUGCCAAGUGGUACUUAAGUGAAAAAGGUUGGGAACCACUUCUCUAGAAUACUGUGGUAUAUAGAUGGGAUUCAUUAAUAUGAGAGAGAGACUGCUAGGCCCUGCAAAACAAGCCCAAACAUCUCCACUUUGGUCUUGUCUGUCCGAAGGAUAUUGUUCACGAAGUCUUGUGAUUUGUUCAGAUGCAACUUUAAAUAUAACAUGGCAGCGCGGCUUGGCUUGGCUUAUAACCCUUCCCAGUUUAAUGGGCAGCAACAAUUGCAGAAGUCUUUCCUCCUUGGCAUUGUGUUAACACACACCUGGUUAAUCAUGGGAAUUUGAUUAGCAGCACGGGUCUGCUACCUAGCCCCUUAUUCCUAUGGAAGUAGAAAUGGGGUACUUCUCUAUUUUGGCUUUAAUUAUGUUAAAUAAAGCAUGACACGGUGUAAUAUGUCAUGUGUUGUAGUUACCUAAUAUCGAGCCCUGCUAAGGAACAGAUUAUGUCCUGAUACAUAAACCAAAGAAUUCAAAGUGGGUGUACAUUCUUUUUCCCAUGUCUGUGUCUUCUUAAAGACUCAAUCUUUGCGAACCCCCCCAGUUAAAUUCUAGCAACAAAUUGCAUAUUUAUUUAUUCUGUCCAUUUUAAUAAUACAAAACAGCGCAACGCAGACCUGGUUUGCAGGGUUCUGGUGGCAUUGCCGAGGCCAGCACUCUAGUUAAUUAAUUCACCCUCCAGAUUGGAUCCACGUAAAGUAUCUGUAAUCUGGAGUAGUACAUUAUAUCUUUGUCAAUAGCGACCAUCAUAAACUCUGCUGGUCACUCUUACUGUACAUACCGCCAUUUGAAGGACGUUGUCUAUUUUCAAGUAAUUUAGAAUAUUUUAGGUGGCCACAAUUGUAAUGUUUGUUUCUGGCCAUGAUUUGAGAUCUAAGAUUUCAUACACUGCUGUGUAAAAAUUUAACUAGUAUAUGAUUUUUUCAUUUCAGCUUAAUGAGAUCAGAUCCUCGUCACGUGUCUCCUGGAUGCAGUACUGGUCCUUGGCUAUGAGGAGCUCAGAUUGGAAGAUUAGCGCAGUGUGUGCGUCCCCCACUCACUCAUAAUAUUCUAUGGGAUAAGAUAAAAUUCCAUGGACCUGAAGGAAUUACUGGUGCAGUCGGUUUGUGCUUGCAGUGCGAGCCAAAGCAGGGAGAUGUAAAGGCAUUAAUUUCCAUUUAUUUCUAACUCCCUCAUUUCUCACUCUAGAUCAAUUAAAAUAAAAUGAUGAAACUCGAACGUAUGCUGGAGGAGGUCUGGACAAGUGGGCCCUUGUGUCACAUACUGUGGACAUGUCCUAAACUACAUUCAUAUUGGAUCUCAAUUGAUAACUUCAUUAAUGCAAUUACUAAUUCAAUUAAACACUUGACACCCGAAAUGUAUCUUUAAAGAAAAAAGCUACCAAAGCACUUACCCAAAUAUAAAAAAAAAGUUCUCCAUUUAAUUUCAGAAACUACAACCAUAACCACAUAUUGGAAAUCUGGUGCUACGCCUCCUAUUAACCCGUUAAGGACGGUGGGCGUGAUAUGCCACAUAUUAGAGGUUUUGCAUUCUGUUUUUGAAGACAAGUGAUGUGAGUUGGUUUUCCGUCCACCAUCCGAUACGAUGUUUUGAGACAUGAAUGGAACACUUGGGAGAAGAAAUAUCAGACUAAAAUAUGAGCUACCCCUGUAAUUCCUACUUGACCAAAUCCUUGUGUAUAUAUUGUAUAACUUUAACUUUGUAAAUUAUAUAUUACAAAACUUUUAUUGGAAUAUUUUUGGAUGAUUUAAAAAAAAAUAUUCCUCUG